AUGAAUGACAGCACCGAAAUCCCCAGCCAUGAUCCCCCCUCCGACCCCCCUCCUCGUGCGAGAAAGAGACGCCGCCGUACGAUGGCCUGCACGCAAUGUCGCAGCCGGAAGCUCCGUUGCGACCGCGAAUAUCCCAUCUGCGGCCGGUGUCAGAAAAGCAAGAACCCUGCGCAGUGUACCUAUGAGGAUGGCUUUCUCUGGCAGCAGCCGAAUACUGUCCCUGCGACUACGGUGUUUUCCGGAGCAGCUGGAGGUGCACCUGGAGGGGUGCCUGGAGGAGUUUCAGGGACCACCGCGACGACGGCUACCAACACCAGCUCUACCAGCAACACCAACACAGCGCAAGAAACGACCGUUAACAAUGGUUGCAAUCAUGCCAAUCACAAUCCAGCAUCGUUGCCCCGACUCGCAGAUCGGACUCCCCUCCACACUCCCCCGGACUCGGCGAUAACAGGCUGGGCCUCUCGGGCUCAAGCGCAGACCUCGGGGACCGAACGACGCACGGAAUGCGAGGGGAAAAAAGAUCGCUUUCUCGAGACGGUGCUGGGUGCGCCCAAGUCCGCAGUAAACCAAGACUCGUAUGUGAAUACUGAGGUGCUGCAGCGCCAUCCUCCGGGCAGUAGUGGGCAUUCGGGGUACUAUCCUGCGUCUUCUCACCACAGUCAUCAUCACUCGGGGCCGACACAUCUGCCGCCGCUGCAUCAUCACCACUAUAGUCACUACGGCUACGGACACUAUAAUCCAGAGCAGGACGAGGAGGAUGAAAUGGGGUUGGCAUCGCCGUCGCAGCAGCUGGAUCUGGCGCCGCGGAUUAUGAUGCGUGGGAAGGAGACGAGGACCCGAUUUAACGGGUCGGGGAUAUUGGCCAACGUGAUGGCUCAGUUCCCUGAUAUCAAAUCCUUCGCAGAAGACAUUCGAGUAUCGAGUCCGCACAUGGCCCAAGUCCGACCGGAUCUGGAGCGCGUAAAACGAGGUCUAUGGAAGAAAUACCCAUUGAACACGCCCUUCCCAGUUCCGGAUACAUUCUCGUUGGUUGCAUCAUUGCCGUCGCGUCGCGUGGUGGACGAUCUCGUCGUCCUCUACUUGACCUACAUCGAGUCCACCCAUCGCAUCCUCCACGUGCCUUCGUUCCUUCGUGAACUCGACCAUUUCUGGGCACAAAAGGACAACCCAACCCUGGUCUCGCCUGCGUUUGUUGUCGAGUUGAUGUUGGUCCUAGCGUGCGCCUGGAACCUGGCGGACCCCGAAGUACUCAAAUCCAAGAGUGAGGACAGGCUGCAAUGUUAUACAGCUAUCGAAUGGGUUUUGCAUGCGGAGAAGUGGUUGGAGAAUGCUAGCAUCAAGCGCCCGGAGAUUACGGCCUUACGGCUGUAUGUGCUCUUGAUUAUUGCCCAGAAUAGUCAUGGCAUGAAACGCAGCAAGGCAUGGCUGUCGACUGGCACAUUGGUCAAGCAGGCUAUGCUGGCUGGCUACCACCGUGAUCCAAGUCGCUACACCAAGAUAUCCGUGUUCAAUAAGGAAAUGCGACGUCGGAUAUGGACUACUAUCGUGGAAUUGGAUCUCCAGGUGUCUAUGGAUCGAGGAAUGUCCCCGACGGCGCAGGUCUCGGACUACGACACGGGACCUGCCUUGAACAUCAAUGACAAUGAGAUCCAGGAGACGACCACGGAGCUUCCCCAAAGCCACCCGAUUGGCGAGUUGACUGACUGCUCGUUCCAGACAGUAAUGACGCAGUCGCUACCGCUACGUCUGAAGAUCUGUCAGCUAAUGCACAUCCCUCGCAUCAGCUGUCAUUACGACGAGAUCCUCCGCAUGGACUGGGAACUUGUCCGAUAUCUAUCGAAGAUCCCCACAUGGGCUACUUCAGACGCAGACGAUUUACAAACCCAACACAAGGUGAUCAUGAUAAGAGCACUACUGGAAACCCGAAUUGGGCAUUGUCUAUUAUCGCUUCACACGCCUUUUGCCAUCGAGGCACCCAAGGAACCGUUGUUCACUCCUUCUGCGCGGGCGCGGUUGGAGGUUGCUACUAUGAUGUUGUCGACGCAGCGACGGUUACACGAAACGGCGCGGUCUCUGUCGCUGUGUAACACGGGUGAUUGGACAAUGCAAGCGUUCUGCUCUAUAUGUCAGGCACUUCAUGCUAGUGUUGGAGAUGGUGGUGGCGGCUCCGUCACAUCUCUAACUCGAACGCUCCUCGGAUUCCCCGAAGCACUAGUCACCCUAGCAGAAGCCAUUUUGAUGUGUCUCGAAGCCCGCUGGCUCCUCGUCGUCAAAGGCGCCAAAGAAUACUUCUUCAUGUCGACAAUCUUGGCAUUAGUCAAGACAAAACUCUGGCCCUCGCAAGGGAACAUGUACAAACAAGAGGUGAUUGACCGGGUCAUCACAUUCGCACAGACGCUUUUCACGCGCCAUGCCAAUUGUGCGCACUUGGGGCCGUUGGGGAUGGGCUGUUUCCAGACAAAUCAGAUUCCGACUUUGACGCCGGGCCCGCCGUUGGCUCCUUCGUUGACGCCUGGGUUUAGUGGGCUCUUGCAGGCGAGUGGCUUGGGAAUUACGCCUCCUGGCGAAUUCGACCCAUUCUUGGAUGUAUAUGAUUUUGAGGAUCUGACGGGGAUCACUUUGGGAGAAUAA